CUGGGAGAAACCUGGAAUAUCUGACAAUCUGUAUUUGUAGAUGCUGUGAUAUUGCUCUCCUGCAUUAUGUAUAAAAUGAAAGCAAUGCAGUAAUCAUUGACGAACCCUGGAAGUUUCCCAUACAGGGCAGUGCUUUCCAUGUGCUGCCAUGAGCAGCAUUAAGAAGUGAUACGUGUCCAGGAAACAUGGUGGAUCACAAUCCCCUGUGACCCCCUGCCUCUUACAACUGUCACGCUGCCUUCCUGAAACAUCUCUAUAAAGUUGGGUGAAAAAAAAACCCGCUUCCGCUCCUUCUGUCUGACUCAUUUCCGCUUCCUGCCCAGAUGCCGCAUGUUUAUCCUGCCCCAUCCUGAGGCUGACGUGUCGCGGCCGAUGACGUUCCGCGGUGCGAUAGGCUCAGGCACUCCCUAUAUAAGGAUUGCAGGAGGCGGGCGCAGCUUUCCCCGGCAGUCAGCGGAUCGGGACACGGAGUGAGUCACGGGGUGCUAGCAGUACCGCAGGGCAGGAGGGUGAGCGGGCUGGAAGUUAUCUGUCUGCAUGGCUGGCUGGCUGGCAUGCUGGGUGAUCUCUAUGGAGCUCGGUGUCAGCCUGCCCGGGGUGCGUGCUGCUGGGAGCCUGGCUGGGCUGAGGGCGGGGACUGUCUACGUGGAGUAAACAUGGAGAGCUGGGGAGCGUGCAGGGGAGAGAGCUGGGGAUAUUUACUGACAGCCAGGGGCACUGACACGGUCAUCAUACAGGGCUGCACAGGGCUCGGUGACCUCAUACUCACCGCUACAAGGCUCAGUGAGCGGCUGUUUGUAGCUGAUAUAGCAGCCAGUGCCCAGUGAUCUGGUGUGACUGCAGGAUAGCUAGUGCCCAGUGAUCUGGUAUGGAUGGCUGAUGUAGAAGCUAGUGCCCAGUGAUCUGGUGUGACUGCAGGAUAGCUAGUGCCCAGUGAUCUGGUAUGGAUGGCUGAUGUAGAAGCUAGUGCCCAGUGAUCUGGUAUGGAUGGCUGAUGUAGAAGCUAGUGCCCAGUGAUCUGGUGUGACUGCAGGAUAGCUAGUGCCCAGUGAUCUGGUGUGACUGCAGGGCAGCUAGUGCCCAGUGAUCUGGUGUGACUGCAGGGCAGCUAGUGCCCAGUGAUCUGGUAUUGGUAGCUGAUGUAGCAGCUAGUGCCCAGUGAUCUGGUAUUGGUAGCUGAUGUAGCAGCUAGUGAUCAGUGAUCUGGUAUUGGUAGCUGAUGUAGCAGCUAGUGAUCAGUGAUCUGGUAUUGGUAGCUGAUGUAGCAGCUAGUGAUCAGUGAUCUGGUAUUGAUGGCUGACUAGCUAGAACUUGUAGUUCUGCUAUUGGUGGCUGCGGGGCAGCUAAUACUCAAUAUUGAUGACUGCUGGACAGCUAGUGCUCGGUGACCUGGUAUUGAUGACUGCUGGACAGCUAGUGCUCGGUGACCUGGUAUUGAUGACUGCUGGACAGCUAGUGCUCAGGGGUGGCUGUGGAGCAGCUAUUGGUCAGUGAUCUGGUAUGGGUGGCUGAUGGAGCAGCUAUUGGUCAGGGAUUGCUGUGGAGCAGCUAGUGUACAAUGCUUUGGUACUGAUUGCUGUGGAGCAGCUAGUGGUCAGUGAUCUGGUAUUGCUGGCCGUGGAGCAACUAGUGGUCAGUGAUCUGGUAUUGCUGGCCGUGGAGCAACUAGUGGUCAGGGAUCUGGUACUGGUGACUGUGGAGCAGCUAGGCCAAUGCUCUGGUACUGAUGGCUGUACAGGAUGAGCUGAAACUGAGUGGAACUCCAGGUUAAUGCUAGGUUAUCUGAAAUUGAAACAUCCACCUUUUCAGUGUUGGCCUACUUUUGUUGCACUGCGAUUCUUUUGCAACAAUACAACUGGCAAAUCAUCAUGCAGGUUUAAUUCUACUAUUUGGUUUGCAUGCAGUAGAUAUAUUUACUUUAAUUGGUGCUCAGUAAACUGUUCAAACAGGGCUCCAGGCAUGUGAGAUUUAUUUCUCGGUUUAUGCCCAGCUCCUAUAAUGGCUGUUAGGGGAGGUUGCAUUAAUAUCUGGUCAAUACUCCUUACAAGCGGUCAUCAAUCUCCCACCCCCCACCAUACCAGAUCUGUGUCCUCUUGGACUGUUGCACAGAAUGCUUGACCUCCCAAGUAGAGAUACAUAUGCAAAUACCAAUGUCUGUCAGCUCAUUAGCAGCUAGGAAAUACAUAUGGUAUGUUUGUCAUGUCACCUUUGUGUUUUGAUGUUUGUGUGUGUUACACUUGUCUCCUGUACUUUCCCUGCUUUGUGAGUGGUUUUUAUCAGCCGCCUAGACAAAAGAAAUAUAUAAUCUUACACGAACCUCAUUGGAAUUCCAAGAAUGUGGCCCAAACGGCAUGGUUUUAGUGAUGACGUGUGGCAGACCUAGCCAAAGAGGACUUGUAUAAUGAAAAUCCAUUAUAUAUAUACAAUUUGCAAAUAUCAUAAUCUUCUGUUAAAAAAGUGAGGUAAUCAGUGCAAAAUAUUGAUAAAGUAAAACCCGAUGUGGUGGUUUUUAUUUUAUUUUUUCUGUCCUUUUUCUUAAGUGUCUUUCCUUUUUUUUUAACUUUAAAAUAGAGAUGAAAAAAAAUAGUAAAAUCUGUCUUUAACUAGCAAAUGGAAACACUCUGACUAGUCUGCGUUGAGUUUUUUUUCUCAAUUUAUUACUUUAGUAGUUGCAGUCACGUUCAUAAAGUGUCCUUCAUUAUGAUAGUCUCUUCCGUCAGUUACCUGUUUCCCAUGUAGCAAUGAACUAGUUAAACAGUGUACCUAGUAAGUCGCUGGAGUUUAACCUGGCCUGAAGUGGUGACGUUGGCAUGGAGAGAGGCCUAGUGAGGGAGGGACAUUCAGAGUUAGGAGAGGGGGAGGUGAAAUCCUCUUAAUCCAUCUCCCAGCCCCAGCAUUCUGUGUUGCAAUCUCAGCAAAGGAAAAAAGAGUGGACUUCUUGAAUUGCCAGUUUUAUGGCUUUCCUUCCUGUCUCCUGAUCUGUCUUUCUAAUAUGCUGAUACUGAGUGCAGCAUUAAUGAGUUUGUGAUUGAAAGAGAAAUGUGUAUUGCCCCUGUCCUCCGUAUCAUAAAUCUGUAUUCAUGUUCCUUUAUUGGACGGUCAUCCUUUUCAAUAUCUUACCACGACUCCACCUCUUGAUUCUGUCUUUGAUUGAAGUCAGUAUGUUAUGUGACAUUAACCCAUUUGCAGUAGUAAGGCAUACUAAGCUGAUUUGUUGCAGCAUUAUAAAUUUGUGUAAAUCCAUUUUCUUUUCACAUACGCCCAUUUUUAUUUAUUUUAUUGUUGUAAAGCUUUUAGCAGACAUCUUCAUCUUGUAGGCAUAAUUUUAUAGUCAAAUGAGGCUUCAAGUGCUUCAUAUUAAUGUGUGCUAUUGAUGUUUAAAUAACACGGUGUAUAAUUGGCAUUCUAGAAUUAGACAGGCAACCUAGUCAUUAAAAUGCUUUUCAAAGCCUGGUUUACCUCGGCUAAACCCCUUAUUUACAAGUUAAGACAUAAGUGGUAAAGUAGCCUAGUUAAAGCUACCCCACCUGCAUUGUCGCUUGAUAUCCACCCCGAUAUCCUCUAGUCUCAUUGGUAGGUAGGGAAACAUAGUCCAUAAUGUAUUGUAGACUGCUAGUAGGGUUUGGGGGUCAAUAUGGUAGGUGGUGGUACUCAGAAUGAACAAUAUACAGUAUGCUUCCCCCAACCGUAUAAAUUUAUUUUUUCUUUAAAUUGAAUUUGUGAAAUACGUCUGCCGGUCUUCAUUACUCCAAACAAUUUUUACUAAGUUCUUACUUUUUUUGUUUUUCUUUUUUGAAAUUUUAAGAUUCUUUAGGCAGAAGUAGUGAUACAAAAAAUGUUUCUAAUAUAUAUUUUCCUUUUUAUAUUUGAUGUGGUUGAAGAUAUUGGCAUCUUAAAAGGUUAAUAAUUAUAGUAUUUUACUGCUGUACUUUGAGAUGCUAUAUCAUGUUUGGACUUCUUUGCAGUACUUAAGUUCAGGGCUUUCUUGGUCCCAUCCCCCUGAUUUAUGGGGGAAGGUUUAAGUUUAAAAUCUGGAAUGAAAUCCAUUGUCUUUUACCCCCAUAUGUGCAUAGAUUACUGCGACGCCGUCUGAUGGUUUCAGUAUCCUUGAAUGCAGAGUCGCCAUUCAGGCUUAGCAGCUGGAUUGACGGAUAUUGGUUUUUACCGCAAUAGAAAUGCCUGCCUAUUGUUUUCAGAAGUAUGUUUGACAUACCUGCUUCUCUGCUGUGAAGUUUGUUCAAGGUGUGAUGGAGGGAUAGUAAAACAGCUGGCUAGUUAUAUCUUGUAUUGUAGGCCUGUAAUGUGUCUGCUUCAUUGGAAAGCAGGUUAUUGGGUGAGAAUGUAUUAAAGCACCCAGCUUUCUAACUAAGUAAAAUGCUUACAUUUUUUUUUUUUUUUCAUAAUUAACACUGAAAGAUCCUAGUUAUUUGAUUUCACCCUUUAUCAGCACUGGGUUGUACUGAGGUUGCCUGAUUUUGGGGGCGUUACUUUUAUCUGCACUCUCUUGCAAUAGCCUUCUCAGGAUGGAAAUUUGGAUACCUCUGUUCUAGACCCCCUGAGCAUGUACGGAUUAAUAUUCAUUAUGUUCGUGUUGCCUUAUUAAAUGUCUUGCAUUCCCUGUUGUUUGGAUGUACUGUGUAACAUGGUUUUACAGGCUACAACUUUCUUUUCAUAUCAAGCUUUAUAUGGGGUUGCCCAUAAUGCAAACCUAGGGGGAAGAGUAAAAGUCAAGCAGUCGCCAUGGAAGCGGAAUUGAAAUAUUGCGAUUGCUCCCCUUUUCGAACUUUUCCCAUGAAAUGUGUUACUCGCACCAUUGUAAUUGAUGAUCUGCUAUAAUAGGUUACACUGUAACAUAUUGUAAACACUCUCUAGAACUGUAUGUCUGCAUCUGUAACAUUGUCUUUUCUGUCAAAUGUGUUUUAAGUUCAGCUCUUAUGGACUGAAAUUGUUGUGCUGCAUCCUGCAUUUUUGAAUGCCUGAUUAUGAAGGAAUUUGCACAUACUGCAGGGUGUUAAAGGGUUAAACUGUUGUGAGGCAUGUCUGUGGUGUAUGCUGAGCUGGCAGGGAGCUCUGGCCCUUUAAGUUGUUCCCUCCCCCAUACCGGUAAUACAGGCUGUGCUGAGGUGGCAGUACAGAGGGGCCUGUCCCUGCUCAGCACAAACCUCCAGCCUUGACUCUGCUCCAUGCCUGAGAGUAAACCUCCUUAGCAGAUCACACACCUGCCAGCAGUCUGCAUGGUGACAGUAAUCCCAGUGGGUCCUUAACACAGGCCCCUCAAGUUAACUUCCUCCUGUGCAGAGAGCAGCUCUGGCUGUUUUGUAAAUCUGGCUAUUGCUGCUGUUUGCAGGGACGCAUGGUACAGUGUACAGCUCUGCAGCUGGUAUUACAGUCAUCUACUCCACUUGAAGUAGCGGACAUGUAAAAGUAGUGCACAGUCCCUUACUGAAACAUUUGUGUUUAAAGCCCCUUAGGCAACUUGUCCUUGUCACAGUUUUGUAUCAACUCCACAAACAGGUUUGUUUAUAUACAUAUAUAUUAUAAUUUAAUGUACUCCACUUACUUUCUUGUUUACACCCUACUUGGGUAUCUGAACUUCUGGUAAGGUAUUGAGGAUAUGCAAACCCAACCUUUUAUGAUGUUUAAGUUGACAAUGCUAUGAUCUCUACUUGCCUAAGAGCUAAUCUGUCACUCACAAUUACUUUGGCAGAGUUUGGUGCCUUUUGUUGCGCUAGAAUAUAGUUAAUAUUUAUUGAAAUUGGGGGUGGGGGGUUGUACAGUGGAGUAUCCCUUUUAAAGUUGGGGUUGGCGUUGAUUAUUGUAAUCACAGUAUGCAUAUUUGUAAUGACAUGCCAGAAAUUCAUCUUCUUUUAAGGACAAUGUUUCUUCUGAGUGCAAGGAAGCUUCACACAGCCAUAGCGAUAUGAUGGCUGUAAGUGAUCCUUCACAUUGCUGUUGAACAUAUCGCUCAUUGAAAAUCAAAUUAAUAGCAUGGAGCCAUGGGACAAAUGCCUGAGCGAGCAUGUUUCUGUACAACCAUAAGAAAGAUGUGUGGUCACAAACUAGCCUGUGUAAAGCUUUUUGGGAAAGUGCUGGUGUAACCACCUGGAAGAACUGCGGUUACGCAAGACUCAUCUUUGCUUUUACUGCAAUCCUAAACUCUUCACUAGUGCUAAAGAGGAACUAUUUUUAUUAAUGGUAUAUUACAUUAGAAAUGGGAAUCUUUUACUUUUUGGUCUUUAAUCAAAAUGUACUGUACAUCUUUCAUAAUGUCUUAAUCCAUAUGUGGUUCUCUAGCUGCAAUGGAAUUACAAGUCUCAAUCUUGGCAAACUCUGAUGAAGAAUAAUCAGUUUGUCGCUUGCUGAGCAUCAUAGGAGUUGGUUACCCUAAAGCUACACUGACUUUCACUGUGUGAGUUAUAGACCUUUUACGCCCCCGUUAGAGGGUUAUUAACGUAUCAAAAUUGCUCGGUUAUGGUGAUCUGGCUUUUGCAGGGCUAGUAGACAAUGCACAUUAAAUGGUUUUCUGCUGUAGUCAUUGCUGUGCAUUGACUGUGUAAUGUAAUGGUCAUUUCAGAAAUCCAUGCUAUAUGGCAUAACAGGGAUUUUCAUAAGACUUACGUAUGUUAUGGUCCUUGAAGUGCCCCAAGUGGGAUUUUUCCACAGCAUGAAGGCUAAUGCAACAUUUUCUAAUGGCUGUGCUCUUUAAAGGACUCUAUAGGCAUCCAGACCACUUCAGCUUAUUGAAGUGGUCUGGAUGCAGUGUCCCUGCCCACAUUGGUCCUGCAAUGUACAACAUUGCAGUUUUAGAGAAACUGCAAUAAUUACCUAAACUGACUCAAGUGGCUGUCUGUCACAGUAAGAGGCAUUACUUGGAUUUUAGUGGACUCAGAGUCCCUUAAACGACGCCGGACAUAAUUACACUCUCCAUGAGGACAUUCAGGGUCAGUUGAGGCAAGGCUUUCCUAUAGGGAAGGCCUAAUGCACAUGUGGCACUCACGCCAAGGGAGCACGGCGCUGGAAUCAGGUAAGUAAAGGUUGUUUUUUUUUUUUUAACUCUUUAUGUGCUUGGGGAGGGGGACGACGACCAGAGAUAACUAUAUAGUGCUGGGAAUCCAGAUUUGUAUUCCUAAUACUAUAAACUUGUUUUAACGGAAAAGUAAAAAGUACUUGAUUUAUGCUAUCGGCCAAUGACUGGUCUGGCAUGGCCUUCUUUUAGAUGGGUAAUACCAACAGAUUUUCAUGCAGGAGAUCCUGAAAGCAGGGAAUGGGAGACCCAGAAAUAGUUGUUAAAACCGUUUAAGAGCAUACACUGGAAUGGGGCCUUGUCGCUCCUAACAUUCCAACCAAUGCAGUGGGUUGUGAUGCUUGUGGUAUAUGUAGUGGUCCUUUAAACCAGGUGUGCCCAAAAGGUAGAUCUCCAGAUCUCGUAGAACUACAAUUACCAUAAUGCUUUGAAUGCCUCUUGACUGACAAAGCAUCAUGGAAGCUGUCGUUUUACAACAUCUAGUGAUCUACCUUUUGGCCACCCCUGCUUUAAACUGUAAUUUUGCUCUGAAAGACCAAAAUAAUCCGCUUAAGAUGCAUGUUAUAUGUUCAGAAUUCAGUUGUGAGUAACAUCCCUGGGCCUUUUGUUAGAAUGGUACUGUGCAGCUCUGUGUAGAAGUAAAUGCUUGAGGGGAUUAUGCUGGUAGAACUUCUGCCAUUCCCUCAAGCUUUCAAUCCCACUCUAGAGACUAAAGCGCAUCUGCAUUUAUUGUCCCCAUUGUCCCUGCAGUUCUGAAAAUAAGCUACCCUGUUUAUCAAGAUUAAUUUAACUCUUGCGUUACCAUGGCAUGCAGUACAUUUUGAAGCGAUGUGUGUAUAUAUAUGUUGGAUGGGCAACAACGGUCAAGUGAUUGUCAAGCUGUGACUGGCACCGCCCAAUUUUGUGAAUGAAAUAUUCAGUUUUGGUGAUAGCUACAAUAGUAUGCUCUGCCAGAUUUUUUGUAAACUGAGGAUUUUUUUUUUUUUUUAUGACCUCUGUAUAGUUUCAGCUUCAGGAACCUUCUUCAUUAAGAACUGGUGACAUUAACUCUCGCUUGUUCAAUGUGAUUUUAUUAAAAUGGCAAACAGUAAAUUUUCGACAAACUUUGUAAAUUACUUUAUGUUCAGACGUAGAUUACAGAAGUGUGCCGCCCCUCUGUCACUAACCUUUUAUAUCAAAUCUAAUUUGCCAUUUUGACAUUUCUAUACUGAAAUGUAGUAGUGGAUUGCAACCAAUGUAGCCAGCCCUCUGCUCCAUUCUCCAGGCACCAAAGCAAUAAAUUGAACUAUAAAUACUUUUGUGUGCAGUCUUUUUUGCGGUUCUAUCUUUUCAGUUUCUUGUGACUACUCCCCGCAGGGUGAGGUUAUUGGUGGGUAUAGUAUCAAAUUUGGGUGAACUUAUAUAUACAUGAUUUCCCGUCAUCCUAUUCUCCACGUAAGCAACAUAGACACUCACUCAACCCCCCUAUUUUCCCCUUCUUUCUCUUCCUGUUCUUUCUAAUAUUGGUUUCCUUCCUCAUCGAGAAGCUUGGACAGAAAAAAAACACCUUCUAGCAGUCUUAGUAAAUUUAACACUGUAACUAGAUUUCUUAGUUUUAGUUUGGUUUGUGUAUGUAAUCUGCUGUAUCUUUGUUUAAUAUAAAUUUAAUUCAUAUGAAACUUAACAUCACAAAGUAUGAUCUUGGUGGGAUAUCAAUUAACAUUGAAACCUUUGCUACUCUUUUUUUCAGAAGCUGGCAGGCUGAUAGAAGCACUCAGCUCACCGGACGGACUUUCUGGCUUUUGACCCUUUAGCUGGUAAGCAGUAUGCACAUGGUCUUCAUUUGGGGGUUGCUUCUGCUCUCCUCCAUAAAAACAAGACCUUGCACCCCACAUUGAAUGGCGCAGAAUGACAACUGUCAUUUCUCUGUCUGGAUUGUACCUCAUUCUUUCAGUGAGUGCUAUGGAGUAGUUUGCUGGGGUGAGGAAUACAGUGAGAGUCGGGAUAUAACUUCCCCCUCUAUAGCACUUCUGUAAAUAGGCACCGGCAUCCUACACAAUACCCUGAACAUCUGCUUAGAAAGUACUACAUGUGCAAAUACAUGUUUGAGAAUCAAAUUGCUGUAGAUCUGGAGGUCAAGCUUAUUUACAUUUAUGCUCUGACUGUGCCAGGAACGGCUUGUGUUUUGAUACAAUAAAAAUGAAAACUGAAUUUCAUUUUUUUGAGCUGGGAGUUUAUGCUUAGAGGCCCAACACAUUUGACAAAAACUCUGCAUGUGACCGUUCCAUUAAAUGCAGAUGUUGUACACCUCCUAAGCAAAUGAUUGUCCUAUUUACUUGUGUCGUGGCUAAUUCUUGCUCAUAUUCAGGGUGUGGAGAUGAAGAUGGGCCAUUGCUUUUAAUUAGUAGUUUUGGACCACUGUUGCCAUUGAUACCUGGUACUGGUUAUUCAGGAUGCCAUGACAUCAGCUCAUAAGAAGCAAGACCUAAUCACUCGGUUUGCAUGAGCAGUAUAAUUCAUUAUUGAUCUUGCUAUCUAUGUAUAAGUCAGUCUGCACAAGAUAUCCACAUAGGGCAGUCUUGCAACUCCUGUAGGUGAGUAAGCAAGAAUGAAUCUAGCAGCUAUGUAGAAUUAGAACAGAGUGUGGAAAAAACUAAACCUAGCUUGGAUCCCUACACUUUACAGACAUAAGGUUGUUUAGCAACCUGAUUCUGUUAGAAGCAAUAAAAAAAAAAUCAUAAAUUGAAAGUACAUUUGUGUUGGGGAAAUAAAAUGAGACAAUUUACAGAACUUGGGGAUUCGUCCCCCAACUGAUCGUCUGAUUUGUCAUGCCCAAAGCAUGUCAACACAGCAUUACAAAGGUGCUGGCUUGUGAGAUUACUGUGGUUUUGUUUUUGUUAACUGUUAUUGUUAUUAUUGGUAUUUAUAUAGCGCCAGCUUAUUCCGCAGCGCUUUACUAUAAAAGGGAAUUUACCAAAUGAGACAAUAACCAAAUGUAACAGGAACAAUAGGUAGUUAAGGACACUGCUCAAACGAGCUUACAUUCUAGAGGAGGUUGGAUGUAAAAACACAAUAGGAAGGGAUAUUAGAUAUUCGCUGGUUGUAAAACAAUACACUAUACACACACCAGACAACUUGAUGUUGGGACAAUAACAAUCUUUAUUUACCUUUUUAUUCACAGACCCCAGCAGGGGGUCUCCAUUGACAAUAUAGACACCUACCCGGUGUCUGUGUCUGGGAGAUGAGUUAAUUAUCUAGCGCUUAAAUUAAUAUUCUCUUGGGCCCAAAGAAGCCCAAAAACCGUAAUAAAACAACCCAGAACCCCAAGAUGUGAUACAUCCCUGGAAAGGGCUAAUCCGAGCACCCAUUCUGGCAAAAGAGCGCUCAGAUCCAUAAAGUAUUGGGGAAACGCCACAGGGACAAAGUUUUGACAAACCAUUUUUAAAAUUCUGGCCGAAAUUCAUUCCACAAGUUUAGUGCCAAUGGGCAAUCUUUAGACUGGUACUCCUGUGGUGUGAGACAAGAGGUGUUGGGGAGCGAUUGUUCCAUAGUAUGUUGUACCUCCCCUCAGAAUUGCUCUCUCUUAGACUGAGGGGAAGUAGGUGAAACCAAUGAUGGUAGUGUGACUGGGAGGUGGUACUUGUAGCUGAGCCUGAGUUCCAGACAAUUACAGCCAGGUCCUGGUGGUUUACUCCGGCUCUCUGGAACUGCUAGCAGGAAUGAUGUGGGAGUGCGCUUGGUGUAGUACAGGAAGGGAAGGUAUGGGAUAGCCAGGGUAAGUGAUGUAGUCCUUUUAGGAAUACUUUAGGGACAUAAGGCAGGUACUGCCACAAAUACAAAAAGAAAAGUCCUGCGCUCACUCCCAUCACUACUGUGCCGGCAGCAAUGGCUACAAUACACAUCAGCCCCAAUAUAUAGUAAAAAGAAAAGUUACCUGCUCUCUCUCCUUAAGUAAAAACUAAAAAGGAAAAAGUUAUCUGCCCUCUCUCUCCUGCCACAAAUGUAUAUUGCUAAGAGGAGCAUGGAGGCAUUAAAGCCUCAUAGAGAUUCAAUACAGAUAAUUCAUACACAGAUGCUAUUCUAUAAAUUAGUGAUACUAUGGGAUGAUAAAACAGAGGCUGUCUCUAUAUUGCAUUUCUAAUGGAUUAAUGGUUUCUUUUAACUCAAGCAAAUAUUGUCACAGUACCAUGUAAUUUCAGUGCAUUUACGGUCUUUUAGUCCCCGUCCCCCCCACUAGAGUUGGAAGUACUAUUUAAAUAAAUAGAAAAAUCUAAUGUAUACAUCUACUUCAUAGUAUAUGCAUUUAAUUGAUGCUAGCACAGCAUUGCAAUCAUGUCUGCAAAUGUAAGGGGGGGGGGGGGAGGGGAAUAUAUAGGUGGAGCUUGUAUAUCUUGUUCUGAAUUUUAAAGGAACCCUAUAGUGUUAAAACCGCCCUCUAGUUUCCCUUGCCCCCGGUCCUGCCCCCAUAAGUAUAGUAACAUUUUAAGUGUUCAAAUCUGCAGCUGCUGCCUCUGAUCUGUCUGCUCUCUGCUGAAAUCAUCAGAAAUGGUGGUCUGAGCCAAUCACAAUGCUUCACCAUAGGAUUGGCUGAGGCUGUCAAGGAGGCAGAUCAGGGGCAGAGCCAAACACAGCCCUGGCCAAUCAGCAUCUCCUCAUAGAGAUGAAUUGAAUCAAUGAAUCUCUGAGGAAAGUUCAGUGUCUGCAUGCAGAGGGAGGAGACACUGAAUGUUUGGAUGCAUUUUAGGCAGCCAUGACCCAGGAAGGAUCUCUAACAGCCACCUGAGGAGUGGCCAGUGACAUUAUCACUAGGCUGUAAUGUAAACACUGCAUUUUCUCUGAAAAGACAGUGUUUACAGCAAAAAGCCUGAAGGUAAUGAUUCUACUCACCAGAACAAAUCCAAUAAGCUGUAGUUGUUCUGGUGACUAUAGUGUCCCUUUAACUCCUACCCCCCUUUUUUUUUUUUUUUUUUUGCUUAUAGCUAAUAAAGUGGCUUAACAGUGGCUCCUUUGCUUCAUUCUAAUACUUUGAUGCUUUUAGCACUUAGGGUAACAUAACUUUCAUGCAUCUGAUUUUUUUUUUUUUACCUCAUUAAUAUGCCGUAGUUUGUUUUGUUUUUUUGGUAUGCUCAAAAUGUUAUAGCUUUGCAAAAUGCAGCACCAGAAGCCUGCCUCCUUAGCCACACCCCUUCUUUCCCGAAAGAAGUCCUGAUCAAAUGUAUGCAUACAGUCUCAGCUUCAACGCCUCUCAAGUAAGCUGUUUGUAAUUCACAACCUGACUACAGACAGUCUUAGAAUAUAUAAACAGGUAGUGAUAUCCUUACUAUAUGUGCCCCCUGGGUGUCCUCUACUUCUAAUGCAGGUUGUUUUUUAUCUUCAAUUAUUCAGUACUGUCAGUGUCUGAGCUGUGUGCAUACUUUUUGAUAAGAAAGUUUCAUAUGUGUAUAUGUAUAUAUUUUCCCCCUCUGAAGUGAGGGUGUGUGGCUGAAGAGGCAGGCUUAUGGUGCAACAUUCUCAUGGAUGGAUAGAUAUCUAUAUCUAUAAAAUAUUUAUUUAUGUAAUAUUUUUUUUUUUUUUUUAUGUAAAACUAAACAUUUGAGCAAAAAAGUAAUUUAUUUGGCAGAUUUUGUCCUCGUUAAUUUGCUGUUAAGUUGUAUUAGUGCAUGGACUGUCCUUUUUUUUAAUGCAUUUUUGUGCUUGAACCAUGUCUGUAUUGUGCCACACCGUAUUGACAAAAAGAUGUAUGUAUCGGUUUUCAAAUUGAUAAUUAAAGCUAAAAUACUUUGUGUACAAAACCUUUUCUUUCAGUGGUUACACGGAUUUGCGUGGGACAAUGAGCUCGGUGGCGGUUCUUACCCAGGAAAGCUUUGAUGAGCACCGUAGCGGCCUGACCCAGCCGCCUGUCAAAGGUCAGAAAUUGAAUAUUUUUAUUUAUUUUUCAAGCUUAGAUCAAAUGUGAGAGACUAUUUUUAUUUUUAUGUAUGUGUGUCUUUUUCUCCAGUGACAGCAAUUGGUGGAACAGGGGAUGAAAAUGACCCCCCUACCUACAAGGAUGCAUUCCCACCCCUCCCCGAAAAAGUUGGCAGCGAAAAUCAUUCUGAGCCUACUGGUGCAUGGAGCAAGAUCAGGCCUAUUAAGUCUUCCGUUAUCACUCAGGUUAGCACUCCAGUUUGCUCUGUUAAAAGUAAACUGUAACUUUGCAGGUUUUUAAUGUUUACUCAUCCUGUGUUUCUUUUCUUUUUUUUACGUUUGAAAAAUACAAUUUACAUGUAGAAAUCCAAACCUCUCUAACUUGCAAAUGUUUGCCUCCAUCUUGACUCCCUGUUAAUUGACUAUAAGCUGUGCUUUGUACCUGACAGUCAGCAUAGAUAAUUGGGGGGUGUGGGGGGAGAAGUUAUGUAAAGGUUACUUCCAGUUUUGUGUGUAUGUGCAUUAAGACUGAUAUGCAUAACCAAAAGAAUGUUACAUAUGCAAUAGUAUAUAGAAUUUGUGAAUAUCUGUAAACGUUCAAGAUUUUCAACCUUAAUUAAUUAGUUGAAGUAUAAGAUGGUUUUAGAAUUGGCAUUUAUGAUGUAUGGUUUCAUACUGGGCUUAUUUUGAAUAAGAUUGUGGCAGACAUAACAUUUUAAAUGUUUUUUUUUUUUUUUUCACCAAUUAUCUAGGUGUUCCAUGUUCCCCUGGAGGAGCGUAGGUACAAGGACAUGGCUCAGUUUGGGGAAGGGGAACAGGCCAAGAUAUGCUUGGAUAUAAUGCAGAAGACUGGUGCUCAGCUUGAACUCUCUCUGGCUAAAGAUCAAGGCUUAUCCAUCAUGGUAUCUGGCAAACUAGACUCCGUUAUGAAGGCACGAAAAGAGAUUGUGACCCGGCUACAAACUCAGGUAUGAGGGCUCUGUUGUGUUUCACAGAAGGACUUGACCCCUCCUGGGAUAGACCUUUGGUAUGAUGGGCUACAGGGGUUUAGUACAUUGAUAAUCUCUCUUGAGUGGAUAGUACAACACGAACAAUAUAUAUUUAUAGGACUGAUGCAACUAGCGUCCCUGAAGAUUAAUUUAAGACACACAGGUUAAAGACUUAUAUGGUUUUGUUUUUUUCUUUUAGCUAGGUAGCAAAGAGGGUUAACAUAAUUCUGAAACAGUGUAUCCAAUUAGAUUUUGUUACUACUAUUGUUCUGUAUGUACAUCUAGUAUUCAAUAAAUAUUUGCGAUGUAGUAUAAAUCUGAUGAUCCACCGUAAUGCACGGAUACGACCCAGGGUCUUAAGCUGGGUUUCAUUCACCCUUUCCGUAUGCUAUACGCUGGCCUGAUAUCCUGUCUCUUCUGAAACCCAUUUAAUCUGUUUUUUGCUAUUGCAAUUUGUGUAAUGUUAUAAAAGACAAAGAAAAGCUGACCUAUAUUCUAUAAAGGGCGCUUUUUUUUUUAAAUUUUAUUUAUUUAUUUUUUCAUACCAGUUUAGUAGUUUAGUUGCUUGAUUCCUGGAUGGCAUAUGAUGCAUUUAGAGCAUUUUUUUUUUCUUUUUCAACUAGUCUUUUAACACAGUACUCAAAACUUGUACUUUCCAUUGAUGAGCUGUGGUGAGCAUUCUAUGGCUUGCAGUGGCAAGUAAAAGCUUGUAGUCCUAGGCUACUAGCUAGCCCUUCAAUGUUAAUGGCUGCCUAUACUAGCCCCCUACAAUCAUGCUCAUUUUAAAGAGUAUACAAUUUCAUCUAUACACUGGGCAGGCAGACUUGCUAGGAAAUGUAGAAAUUGAGACACCUAUUUUUAAAUAAGUUUUUCUCCUGCUUCUCAUCGAAAUCUAUGCACAGAAAAUGUGAUGGACCUGGGAGAGCAGAAAAUGCCUCCCAUAUGAGUUCCUGCUCUCCCAAGCAUAGCAACCAAAGUGCAUGCCCAGCUUUAAUAGUCUUCCCACUUGAAUGAUUGCAGUUUUGUUGUCAAACCUUGUAUAUGAAUGAGCUUUGCACUAUUGAGGACUAAUCAAAAAUAAAAAUAAAUAAACUUGUUUCUCAGCGGAUUAGUUGUAUUAAGCUGUCUCUCCACCCCUGAUCAAACACUGUCAUGACUGCAGUCGGUACAUUAUGGAGGAAGUCAAAUCUAUUCUGGAGUGUGUCACAUUUGUUAAACCGAUGUAAAUAGAACACCACAGGUGAAGCUAGCUGGUGUUUAUAGAAUAUUUAAUAUCCUUAUUUUAUCAUUAUAAUAAAAAUAUUGGCAUUGAUGCAAUGCCAACUUAUUCUGCAGCUUUUUAAAAGAUUAUAAAGUGGGGAAUUUAAUAAUGAGGCAAUAACAAAAUGUUAGAGGAACGAUGGGCUGAUAAGGACACUGCAAUAAAUCUGUGUCCAGGCCUCAUUAGUGCUUUUGAUGUAACUUUUGGCUUUAGGAUUGCAUGAUUAUUUACCGGUUCAGAUAUCAACUGCUGGCAGUAGGUUAUCGUGUAACAUGAGCUGGUGUAUAAAAUGUUAUGUGCAUGUGUGAUAACAUGAAUUUCAGCAGAUUUGAUUAAUGAGCUAAGGUCAGUCCACAGACCACAAGGCUCUCAUUUUACCAAUGGAAUUAAUUGAUGCAGUUACUGGUGACUUGAGGAUUAAGUGAUCCUUCUAAAAAUAUAAUAAAAUGCCACAGUUAAACUACUUACUUCACCAGUAAGUGGCCCAUGGAUCAAACAGCACUGAUUUUAUAGGGAAACACUUGACCGGAAUUUCCUAUUGGAUGAAUUCCAUUGAUGAUUUAAAGGGAAACUCUAAGCACCAAAACAAUUGCAUCUUAAAGGACCAGUCUAGGCACCCAGACCACUUCAGCUUAAUGAAGUCGUCUGGGUGCCAGGUCCCUCUAGGAUUAACCCAUUUUUUUUAUAAACAUAGCAGUUUCAGAGAAACUAUAUGUUUAUAAAUGGGUUAAUCCAUCCUCCAAAUCCUCUAGCGGCUGUCUCAUUGACAGCCGCUAGAGGCGCUUGCGUGAUUCUCACUCUGAAAAUCACAGUGAGAAGACGCAAGCGUCCAUAGGAAAGCAUUAUGAAUGCUUUCCUAUGAGACUGGCUGAAUGCACGUGCAGUUCUUGCCGCGCAUGCGCAUUCAGCCCGGGGGGAGGAGGAGAGCUCCCCGCCCGGCGCUGGAAGAAAGGUAAGUUUUAACCCUUUCCUCUCCCCAGAGCCAGGCGGGAGGGGGUCCCUGAGGGUGGGGGCACCCUCAGGGCACUAUAGUGCCAGGAAAACGAGUAUUUUUCCUGGCACUAUAGUGGUACUUUAAUGUUUUGAGUUUUGAUGCAUGGGUUUUCCUGCCUUUUCUUUGCUUAUUGUGCUUAAUUAUGAGAAGCGUUGUAUAGACAGCAGGCGCCGGUGGUGCUUUUCUACGAGAAGUAUGUAAGAGGUCGUCAGAACAGAUGACUUCACAGUAAGACUGUCCCAGCACUGGAUUACAUGGAAGUGGGUUUUACAGCUCCGCUUUUUUAAAUUUAAUUUCUUAUUCUAACCAAGGGGCUUAAAAAAUCUAAAGUGAAUGUAUCUUAUGUUACAUGGAAGAGUUAAUUUAAAUAGCAGCAGAACUGCAGACCACUACUGCUACAACCGUGACAGCAGCCCAAUCUCUAAAUGCCUGCAGUUAGAGGAGGAAGCUGUACUGCGUGCAUUGAUGAGCAAAGAUUCUUUCAAAUGGCUGCACUUGUAAGCAACUGUGUGCAGAUAGAAUACCUCCUUGCACUAUAGCCUAUGCAAGGAGCUUAAGUUAUAGCACUUGGAAUUUCCAUUUAAUAUACAUAAACAAACCUGCCUAACACUGUUUAAAAGAACUCUCGUAGCACCAUAACAUUGUAAAUAGUCAACCUGUUUUCAAAGGGUUUGACAAUUUCUUGGAGUCAGACAGGAGCCAAUUGCCUCCUCCUUGAGAGCUGGAAGCCUUCUGCAUUGAGAUAAACCCAGUCGUGCAAGACUUGGCUCAAUGGAGGAAGUAACUGGUGCUGAAGGACACCAAGCUACUCCUGGCAUCUUGAUCUCUACAGCCUGCUAUUUUAGUUAUGGUGCUUGGGUUGUUCCUUCAAUAUGCAUGACUUGCCUCUUGAAGUCUUAUUCUAGUUUUUUAUCAUGGCUUCAGAUCCAUGGCCAUUUAGUUUUAAUUCUUGUAGAGAAAUCUUGUAGAGAAUUAUUGGAUAUUUUAUUAUUAUUUAAGGCACACUGAGAGGUGGAAAUGUCACCUGUCUUAUAGGUUCUCCAUCUUGUCUGUAGGCCAGUAAUAUUUCAACUCUGACAAGUUGAAUCCUUGUACUAUUAUGAAUGUUAUAGAUAUUUAGUAUAUUCAUCUCAUUAUUUAUAAUUACUGACUUUUGUUGAAUGUGAAAAUCAAAUCUACCAGUAGGUUAAAAAUCAUGGUAGUUUUCAUAGAUCCUUUUAAAAUAAACCUUAGACUUCCUUCUCAUUUGUAUAAUGUGUUAAUGUUAAGUGUUGCCUAGUGAUUGAGUGAUUGCUGUAACAGGCGUACUCUGUGUUCUAGUACAGUGACUGUGGAAUGUAGUUCAGAAAGUGGAGCAAUCUGAAUUACUUUUGAAAAACGUAGACCUGCUGUGUGUGUGUGUUCUAUCUCUCGGUUUUGAGAUGCAGUAACUGAUUCCCUAUUCUCUCUUCAGGCUUCCGCCUCUGUGGCUAUCCCCAAGGAACAUCAUCGGUUUGUCAUUGGUAAGAGUGGAGAAAAGCUGCAAGACCUGGAACUGAAAACCGCUACCAAGAUUCAAAUCCCCCGGCCCGAGGAUGCCAGUAACCAGAUCAAGAUUACUGGCACCAAAGAGGGCAUUGAGAAGGCGAGGCACGAGAUCCUGCUAAUCUCGGCUGAGCAGGUACAAAAGGCUGCCUCUGAGACAUGUGACCUUAUUAGUGUUUGAGGGAUAUGUAGUUGGUAGAAUCAUAUUGUUAAUGGUGAUAAAGUGAAACCGAUACUCGUUACAUGUGCAGUAACAGAGACUGAAGAUGCAGUCCAUAAAGUUCAACCUUUAACACAUCUGAUUCCUGCUGCUGAUCCAAAAUUCUGUGGGGGGAUAAAAAAAACAAUUUGAAGUGAAUUCCAGUUAUGCUUUAAAAUGCACGUUAGAUUUUCCUAAAACAGCUGUUGCCCCAUAUGUUGUGUAUGAGCAUUCGUACAGUAUGCAUGAUACUAUGUAAAGCCUUUCCAUAUAGUCACUGUAUUUAAUGUUGAGUUUCAAUAACUCAUCAUGAUACCUUUAUUCCAUCUUUGUUUAAACCCAUAUAUGAAGCCGGAAUAUUGUUUUGUUAAAAAAAAAAAAAAAAAAAACUUAUUCCUAAAGAUGCAUUCACUAAAAAAAGGAGUAGGUGUCCUUUGUCAUUCCAGAUGUUUUGAACUACAUCUCCCAUGAUGCUCUUACAGACAUAAUGCUGGCAAAGCAUCAGGGGAGAUAGUGACAAACAUCUGGAGUACCGAAUGUCGCCUAGCAAUGUUUAAUUAAAAGCUGAUUUGCAAAAUUCGGGAUAAAAUCGCUAAAUUGUGACUAUAGCAAUGUGUAUAGUGUUCUUAAUGAGUACUACACUGUUAAUGUCGUCUAAUCCAUCUUAAUGCUUAUUAAUACACAAUGGCUCCCUUACAGGAUAAGAGAGCAGUGGAACGAAUAGAGAUUGAGAAAGCAUUCCACCCUUUCAUCGUGGGACCCCAAAAUAAAGUGGUUAAUGAAAUCAUGAAAGAAACUGGAACAAGGAUAAAUGUCCCCCCACCCAGUGUCAACAAGACAGAGAUAGUGUGCACUGGUGAGAAGGAACAACUGGCUCAGGCUGUGGCAAGGAUCAGGCAGAUUUAUGAAGAGAAGGUGAGUUUUUGUCUCUACCCUUUAUCUCCCCCAGCCUCCAAUAAUGGCAAAAUUACUGUUGUACAUCACUUGCGUAUCUCGUGUUGGAAAGUCCCUGUUGGGUUUAGAAACUCAAAUUAUUUUUUUCACAACUAUAUCAAGGGGGACUUUCCAAAAUCCAAUUUCAGAUAUGCACGUGUAAAACCGUAAUCUUUUUCUAUUUUGCACUGUGGGAAGUUUUUAUUGUUUGGUCUCAUCCGUCUUUUGCACACCUCAAAUAAUGGCAUGGGAUUCAUUUGGCUGUUGACUUAAUACAUUUAUGAUGGAGGGUUCGUGGAAUCAAGAUAAAUCGGGAGAAAAGUCUAAAUUUUACAUUUGGCUUUUGUGAACACAGAUACUCUUGGGGAAAAUGCACCCGCACAAAACAAUUAAAACCUUAACAGAACAGGAGAUAGAACUUCCAAUUACACGCAGGAAGCCCCUGCAGGUUCUAGUAGGCUAUUGACAUGACUUUCUUAAUUAAACAAAAUGCGAUAAAGGAAGUUGAAAUGUGUAGGGAGACUAUGCAGGAGAGGCAGAGCUCAAGCUGCAUAGACAGCGAUUUAGCUCCCAAAUGGUAGAGAAAUGAGCAGUUACUGUCACUUUAAGUUUGUGCUUCAGCUUACGUCCAAUGUUUGGGAUAGUGCUGAUAAGAAACAUGUAUAGAUUUUACAAAUCCACUUAGUGAUUGGCUUGUUCUUAUUCCAUUGGUUAACACUUGUCCUUCAAAUCUGCAGAAGAAGAAAACCACCAGCAUUGCUGUGGAAGUAAGGAAGUCUCAGCAUAAGUAUGUCAUUGGUCCUAAAGGAAAUUGUCUGCAGGAAAUCCUGGAGCGCACUGGGGUGUCAGUGGAGAUCCCACCCAGUGAUAGCAGCUCUGAGACUGUCAUCUUACGAGGUGAACCUGAGAAACUGGGCCAAGCACUGACGGAAGUAUACGCUAAGGUAGGUAAAACACUAUUGGAAUGGAUGUCUUUGCAUACUGAACUAUCCCUUCACUUUGUUUAAAACAGGCCUGUGUAUGCCGAGGAGUCAACAAAUACUUUAAAGGUUAUUCUCUAAACUGUCAAUUGUUGGGAAUUAACCAGGCAAUUAAAAAAUGUAGGCCAAAAUAGUCAAAUUGGAAAAAUUCUCCAACGGUUUCCACAUUUCCAGCUCGGCUAUUCUGUUCUUCAAUUUGCAAUCCCCUGCUGAAUUCCUGAUGCUUCCGUUUGAGUAGCCCACAAAUGAGGCUAUGUACUAAAGCUUUCCCGUUGGUAAAGUAGGCCCAGAGGAGCAGUUUUUCAUCAAGGUUGCUGCCUUCUCUAAUAUUCAUUGAGAUACCUGUGUACUGGCGAGGAAUGCCCUCAAAUCCUACAGGUCUGACCACCACUUCACUAGAGGAUAUCAGAUUGCUUUCAUAAAGGGUUUUAAUUGUGCAUUGUCACUUAGCGUUAUGAAACCUCUUCAUUUCUUUGUGUGCUAAAUGGGCAUCAAACUCUAGUUGGAGAAUUAGAGUGCAAAAGAUUUAACUCUUCUUCAUCAUAUAUAAAUCAUUGUUAUAUUGUAGAGUUUUUCAUAGAAAAUUUAUUGUCCCUUAACCUUAAAUUCUGGGGUCAACAAGGAAUUUUUUUCCUAGUUUGUUGCAAAAUUGGAAGUGCGUCAAACUGUUUUUGUUUGUUUUUUUUUUUUGCCUUUUUGGAUCAUCUGCAAAAAACAAAAGUGAGGAAGGCUGACUUGAGACUUGAUGGACGCAAGUCUCUUUUCAGCGAUGUAACUCUGUAGAAUGAGGAAUUGCUUGUCUUUAUCUUACAGACCAAAGGUACCAUUUGGUUCUUGUCAAAUGUCUUACAUAUUUUUUACUAGCACUGUUUUGUGAUUAUCAAGAACUGGCAUGGUUGUGUCUAACUGCACUUGAACGUAUCUGUAAUCUGAUAAUCUUUUUCUAUUUUUUUUUUUUUUUUUUAGGCCAACAGCUUCACAACGGCUUCAGUUUCUGCUCCCUCAUGGCUUCAUCGGUUCAUUAUAGGCAAAAAAGGACAGAAUUUGGCAAAGAUCACACAGCAAAUACCAAAGGUACUAUUCUGGUUGUUUUGACUGCUUUGUGUUUGGGUUAAUACAGAAUAUGCAAAGCACUCUUUAGGAGUAUUACUAGACAUGGGCAUUGUGCACUGCUGGUAAAUUGGAGCACUCCUAUGAUUAACCAUUUACCAUUUAACCGUGUUUUUUUUUUUUUUUUGGCUGUGGCAGUCCACCUUUCAAGGUUCAAGGAUUCAAGGUUCAAGAUUACACGUUGGCUACCCUUAAUUUACACAGAUUGCGAAGCUGAAAUCUAAUAUUUAUUAAAAAAAAAAAAUAUAUAUAUAUAUAUAUAUAUAUAUAUAUAUAUAUAUAUAUAUAUAUAUAUAUAUAUAUAUAUAUAUAUAUAUAUAAAAAAAAUUUUUUUUUUUUUUUAAUCAAAGCAGGGUUGACCGGUAACUCUGCAGAAGUCAAAUUAAAUACCUCCUGAUGCUUUAUAAUGUGUAACAUGGCAACUGACUUCUAGUGUGUGUGUGUGUGUGUGUAUAUGUGUUUGUAUAAUUUGUCAUCUUUUUAUUAAUGUUCUCCUUUUUGUACUACAGUGGAGCUUUUUAGCUGUAUAUUAAAUGCAUUGUCAUUACAGGCUUGCAUUAUAACCAUGAACAUUUUGGCUCAUGUGUGUUAAUGUUUGAGGGUGGUGUGUGUGUGUGUGCGCACGUGUUUCGUAUUCUUGCUAUAGUUUACCUGUAAAAUCAUUUAUUUUGCUGCUUUGUACGUAAAUACCUAGCUGUACUUUUGUGCCACAUAACUGAUGCUCUGAUUUAACCAAGUUUUCCAGCAACUUGCAUCAGUUAUUUGAUAUCACAGGUCACUCUGCCACAUAAAAUACGUGCAGUGAACAGAUGCCUAUGCCAAAAGAUGGUGUUUAGUCUUGACUUUAGUAUUUUUGAUGCAAGUUGCCAUAUAUUUUUGUCUUUUAGGUGCACAUUGAGUUUACAGAAGGGGAGGACAAGAUCUCUCUAGAAGGACCCACAGAGGAUGUAGCAAUAGCUCAACAACAGAUGGAGGCACUCGUCAGGGACUUGGUAAGCAUUUUAUUUGCUUGGUGCCUUUCAAAUCUAUUGUCAGUAUUUCACAUUAACUAAUGCUACUGCCUGGGAUAUAACCUCAUAAAGUGUUUAAGUCAUGAACUCUUGAUUGAUAGAAGUUGAAAAUGGCCUAGUUCAGAAGACAAACCUGUUUGACUUGUUAUUUAGGGCUACAUUCUGCAACUCUGUUAAGUAAUCAGCAAGCUAAAAAUAUGUAAAUCUUCAUGAGCCUUCAAUAAAAAAACAAAAACUCUAUAAAGCGUUAAUCAGAUAUCAGACAUACUAUAAGCAUUCACUUCCAAAGGUAGUGUUGCACUCAGGGAACCAAAUAGUCUGCUACCAUUGCCUGGAGCACCAUGGAAGGCAUAUGCAGUCCCUUAGAAGUAUUCAAAAUCAAAUGCCAAAGGCUUCACAGAGUAGUGUAAAUAGGAAGGAGUUUUAUUCAGGAUCAGGAGUACAAAGUUGUAUACAAUGUUUCGGCAACAUGACUUAAUCAUGUAUUUAUACAAAACUCUGUACAGUGGUUUGGCAUUAAGCCUUAAUCAUGUAUUUAUAUCAUUUUGUACUCCUGAUUCUGAAUAAAACUCCUUCCUAUUUGCGCUACUGUGUGAAGCCUUUGGAAUUUAAUUUUGAAUGCCAUAAGAAUCCCAGAUCUAGUAUUGCAGCAUUGUGACAUUUAAAAUAACCUCUCCAUUUUCUUUCCUCUUAGAUUUCCCGUAUGGAUUUUGCAGAGAUAAGCAUUGACCAUCGGUUUCACAGACACCUCAUUGGAAAGAGCGGAGCAAACAGUGAGUGAAUUGGUGCUCUGUUUAAAAAGUAAUGUCUAAUUAGGAAGAGGCCAAGUCUUUAACACAAUGACAUUUAUUCAAUCACAUAGGAAAUGCAGCUAAUGUGGUACAUUAUCUAGACCGCUCACAGAGGUGGCCUACAUAGAUGAGCCUUGAACAUGUCGUCCACAUAAUCACCCAUUCAAGGGAAAAAAGAAAAUACACACAAGCCUAUGAUGGCGACCUCUAACAGCACACUCCAGAUAGUUAUAAACUGAAUUUCUACUGCGCAUCAUCUUAUAUGUAGUUCACAAAUAUCUGGGGAGUUAAGGUCCUCCUUCACUGGCCCAAGGUCCUCCACCAAUGGACUAUGUCUUGAUUAGGUUUUUAUUUCCAAAGUAUGUUUUUGAUAAUGCCGAUUUAAUAAUGUGACUGUCCAUGAGUCAUGACUUAACUAUGCAUUUUGAGUAGUCUACACAAUUACUAAUGAUAGGAUAAUGGAUGUAAUACAAACAGAAAUCUGUAUAAAAUGUAGGUUAGAAAUAGACAUUAUUAUUUUUCAAUGGAAAACUGAGCGAAUGAGUGUUAGUAAACUAGUGUCAUUUGUAACAAAAUGUAUUAAUGCAAACAGACUAUAGUAUUCUCAUUGCAUUAUUCCUGUGUGGUUAUGCCUCAGUUAACCGGAUUAAGGAACAGUACAAAGUCUCUGUGAGAAUACCCCAGGAUAGUGAAAAGAGCAAUCACAUCAGGAUUGAAGGUGACCCACAAGGGGUGCAGCAAGCAAAGAAAGAGCUCCUUGAGCUGGCAUUACGCAUGGUGAGUGCAGAUUGUGUCAAAUUCACAAAAGCAUUUUUAUCUAUUUCAGAAAUUGCAAUUUUGUGGAUUUUGGACACACAGAAUAUAUAUAUUGUUUGUAUUUGCAAAGAAUCUAGGGGUUUUAUUAUUUUUUUAAAUACAUCUUGUGCAGUACAUUGUGAUUCAGUGGUAACAGUGUAUCUUUUCACCUGUAGGAAAACGAACGCACAAAGGACUUGAUUAUUGACCAAAAGUUCCAUAGGACAAUUAUUGGCCAAAAGGGUGAACGUAUCCGUGAGAUCCGGGACAAAUUUCCAGAUGUGAGUCAACUAGACUUGUUGUUACCUUAUACCCAUAUGUUCCUUACCAGUCUGACAGGUUUUCUCUUUCCUUAGGUCAUUAUUAAUUUCCCAGAUCCAAAUCAGAAGAGUGAUAUUGUACAGUUGCGUGGGCCAAAGAAUGAGGUGGAAAAGUGCACCAAAUAUCUACAGAAGAUGGUCAUCGAAAUGGUAAAGAGACCCUGUUCUUGACGGGUGGGGGUUGAUUAACCUGGUUAUUUGCCAAGUAUAUUAUGAAAUGUCAAACCACUCACACUGUCCUGUACACAGCCAGAUUAUUUCUCUAAAAAUAUUCUGAUUUUAUUCUUGCAUAUUGCACAAAUAAAUGUAAUCACCUCCUAUCGAGCCACAGUACUUGGGUCUCUCAUAUGCCCAUAUUACUUCCAGUCUUUUAUAUCACCAAAAUGAAAUUUCCCAUCAUUCAUAGACACAAGUGUCUGCUGAGUCACAGCCAGGGGAGGUGUGGAUAAGACUGCUUAAACAGUGGUUUAAAGGAACACUAUAGUGUCAGAAAUUACAAACAUUCCUGAACCUGUAGUUUGAGCCAGAUGACAUUCGCAGCCCCUCUCCUUACUUUAAAAGGAUGCUUAAACUUCCCCCAUGCUGAGCCGGCUGGUCUUGCUCCACCUCCGUGGCUGAGUUAAUUAGAUUUGAUCUAUUGCGCAUGCACAGAAAACCUGCAUAUGUGCAUAGAUAUACAUUGAAUCAAUGCAUUUCUAUGGUGAGUGUUAAGCAUCGCCAUGUAGAGUGUGAAGACUCUGUACGCCAGUGCUGCACACUGUGCAUUACUGACCCAGGAAGCACCUCUAGUGGCUGCCUGAGUGACUACCACUAGAGGAGUUCCUAGGCAGCAAUGUAAACACUACCUGUUCUGAGAUUUUUACUUUAAAAGCCUGCAGGGACAGGCUUUAAACACCAGAACAACUACAUUAAGCUGUAGUUGUUCUAGUGACUAUAGUGUCCCUUUGACUCGUGCACUGCAAAAAAUUGAGCAAUUAAACUGCAUGUGCAUGAUCUAUACACCAAAACCACUUUAUUAACCUAAAGAAGUUUUGGUGCUUGAAUUGUCUCUGAACAGUGAUAUGAUUGAUUUGAAGGGAGGGAAGUCUUAUUGAUUUUCAUACUUGAUCUUUGACUUUAGGUGGAGAACAGUUAUUCAAUCUCUGUGCCGAUCUUUAAGCAGUUCCACAAGAACAUCAUUGGCAAAGGAGGAGCUAACAUCAAGAAAGUGAGUUUAUAGGCUUUGUGAACGGUUUUAAAUCUUAGACUAUAACACUGCACCUUUUGAAAGCCCUAAUUUUCCACUUGUUUUGCAUCCAUUGCAGAUUCGUGAAGAAUGUAACACUAAGAUUGACCUCCCGGCUGAAAAUAGCAACUCAGAAAUGAUUGUGAUCACCGGGAAGAAGCCCAACUGUGAAGCCGCAAGGGACAGGAUCUUGGCCAUUCAGAAAGAACUGGUAAGUCUUGGUGUCUUCCCAGGAUUGAAAAAUAGCGAAUUCCUUCAGCAUUGUGAAAUCAGAUUUGUUCUGGUGUAAACUGCUGGUGUUCAGAAUGCUUGCUUUCUCUGUAGUAGAACACUUGCCUAAAUCCUUUUCCCGAUUGCUCCAAUAGCCUGUUGAAUUGAAGUAUUAUGAGCCGAUUAGAGUGUUAUUCUUAUAAUGGCAGGGUUUAAUUUUUUUAGUCAGACUUUUAAUUUAUUAACUUCCCAUUGUUGAUUUUACUUUAAAACCGUGCUUACUGACCCAAUUGGUACAACCAUAUAAACUUGGUUGUAAAUUAAGGUCUUUGCAUUGAAUUAUUUUUUCUUUUUUGAUUAAUCUGAACCGAACUUCUUUUCUGCAGGCAAACAUCUCUGAAUUGGAGGUCAGCAUUCCAUCCAAACUGCACAACUCCCUCAUUGGAGCGAAGGGACGCUUUAUUCGCUCUAUAAUGGAAGAAUGUGGGGGUGUACAUAUCCAUUUUCCUAGCGAGGGCUCUGGUAGUGAUACAGUGACCAUCAGGGGACCAGCUCAGGAUGUGGAUAGAGCCAAGAAGCAGUUGCUGCAGCUUGCAGAGGAAAAGGUAAGAAUAUUGUGUUACGGGUAACCUGCAGUAUGUCAGCACAAUGUCUCACUGUGAUCGGAGACACUGAUAUCUGAGACAGGUGACUAGAUGAGGUCAGUAUAGAAUUGUAGGUCCAGACUUUAGAUGGUAACUCUGAAUGUUCAUGGUUGAAUUAUGCAGGGCCCUCAUGGACCUAGCUGACUGGCACAACAGUGUGUUGCAAAUAUAAGAAACCAGUCUCUAGUAAACCAUUUAGGGUUUGCUUUGAUUAUAUAUAUUUUGCAUUUGUAAAUUAAUGUACACGAAUGUAAUGGUGUUUUGGAUAUUUUUUUUAUUUUUUUAUGUAGCAAAAGUUAGUUGGUUGAAUUGCGGCUUAUGGUUUUGUGGAUAAUCAUUGCUUACUCAUUUUUCUUUUCUUUGUUUUUUCUUUCUUUUUUUUUUUCCUGGCUUUUCAGCAAAUAAAAAGUUUCACAGCAGAGCUGAAGGCCAAGCCUGAAUAUCACAAGUUUUUGAUCGGUAAAGGAGGAGUUAACAUUCGCAAAGUGCGUGACCUGACAGGAGCUCGCAUCAUAUUUCCUACCGCUGAUGAUAAAGACCAGCAGCUCAUUACCAUUGUGGGCACAGAAGAGGCGGUAAAAGAUGCUCAAACAGAGCUGGAGAACCUGAUAAGGGGCUUGGUAAGACUUUUUAAAUACACUGAAACUACCAUUAUCUGACCCACUACUUCUCAAACUAACUUGCCUACUGCUGCAGGUUCCUGGUCUUCUUGCUGCUUCCACCUUCCUUGUUGGCUUCACCUGCCUGGAAUAUGCCAUAACUCUGUAGUUUUGUGCAUGCACACAUAUGAACUGGGGUGUAUGACUAAUUUUAGUAAAGCAAAAUUUAAUCGGAAUUGGUGUUUCUUAAAGAAUCUUUACUAUAAAAGUCCCGAGGGUCAGGGCCACUUUAAACUGGGGAUCCACCUUUAACCACCAUGCAUUGCCUUAAAACAAGAAAAACCUCUUCUUAUAACAUAAUCUGUAAGUCAAACUUCCUUAGUCUCUUCUAACUAGAUUGCUGACAUUAAAUCAUGAGCAACCUAUUUGAAUGGACAUAUGUUUUUGUUUUUUUGCUGGUAUGUGUUCAGAAGACUAAACAUCAGAUGUAGCCAAGGGACAUGGUUUUCCACAAUGGCAGCAUUUUGGGGCUGUUGCACCAUAACCACUCCAUUUCCUUUCAUUGUAAUUAGUUGUACAGUUUGACUUCUUACCCUGGGGUUCACUGGUCACCGCUCUCUCCUCCUUCCAGCCUAAAGAAAAUGCUUGAGGUUUAUCACAGCACUUUACGGCUGGGAGGAGACUAGUAGAGGCAGUGAGCAGCCUGGCAGCUCCCAGGUAAAACAAUUGGGGGACGGGGGAACUAGAACCACUGCAGUGUGCGGUAGUGUUUAUGGUGCUUGUAGUCUUUCUUUUACAAAAGAUGGAUGGAGGAUUUUAUUUGUAUCUGUAUGUCAACAGAACUCGCUUACCUUGUUUUUCAGGAUAACAUUGUUGAGGACACAAUGUCUGUGGACCCUAAACACCACCGCCACUUUGUGAUUCGGAGAGGCCAGGUGCUGCGGGAAAUUGCUGAAGAGUAUGGUGGUGUAACAGUGAGCUUCCCUCGCUCUGGAGUGCAAAGUGAACGUGUCACACUUAAAGGCGCAAAGGAAUGUGUGGAAGCUGCCAAGAAACGAAUCCUUGACAUCAUAGAGGACUUGGUAAGUGGGAUGAUCAUGAGUGUUGGCUUUGUCUAGAAAAGUGAACUUCUCCUCCUCCAUAUUUAUCGUGCUUGUUUGGUCAUAUCUAUGCAGUUUAUAGCAGUUUACAAUCUGACUUUAGACCUAUGGCACAAUAUACCUUACACUUUAUUUGAUUUGCUUUCUUGCACCUUAUACCACACUUAUUUUACCCCCCCAGGAAGCACAGGUCUCUAUUGAGUGCAUGAUCCCUCAAAAAUAUCAUCGGUCAAUUAUGGGCCCCAAGGGAUCCCGAAUUCAGCAGAUCACUCGAGAAUAUGGCGUGCAGAUUAAAUUUCCUGACAGAGAGGAAAACCCUCAGGGAGGUAAGUCUUAUCUCCGUUAGGAGUGUGAGCAUCACGACCCAGACUAGAAAAGCUGUGGUUGAAUUAAUGUUGCCCGCGUUAUCUAUAGAUCCCAACAUAUUCUGCAGUGCUCCACAAUGUUCAGAAUGUAAUAUCCCUAAACACCGUAAAUGAAAACACUACGGAGACAUGUAAGUAUGUCAAAAUAUUGAAGUUCUUAUAGAAAUGAUUCUGACAGAAUCAUUGGUGGAUUGCUGAGACUGUAGAGUAUGCGCCUGCAGAACACAAUGCUCCUCUUUAAGAGGCAUUGGCUUGGACAGUCAUGGUCGAGACAUGUCUCCAUGAUAACGUCAAACAAGCUUCAGUGGGCUGCAGAGGGUUACUCUGGUAAGGUUGAGUAAAAUCUAUUUUAUUUUUUGUUUAAAUAUAUGUAUAAUUACAUUGCUCACAAGGGGGGGUAUGCUUUAAGGGUAUGUGCCGUCUAAUUGGAAUUGUUAUAUAUUGUUGUAAUGCAGUGCAACGUUGCAGAUAUUGUAAUGCAAACUAUGGGUUUUACCUAACUAGUGAUAGGGAGUAUAUAGCGUUGGGAAUACAGAUUUGACUGUAUUUGUAUCAUGCUUUUUGACAUGCAGUGUAGUAGCCAUCUCUCCCAUGUUCUAGUAUGAUGAAUUACAAUUUAAAUGAUACCAGACUGUGUGGCUAGUAAGAUUACUUUUACAAGCUCUACAAACUGGCGCUAAUCUAUUUUCAUGACAAUGUUCACUUAGUGACCUAUUGGUAAGUAAUUCCUCCUUCAGAGAGUGAUUGAGUACAAGACCCUGAACAUGUUUAUAGCAUUUAUUCUCUUUACCUCGAAUUUUACUAGAGAGACUCCGACUACUGCUUGUCAGUGAAAUAAUCUGGAAGCCAUGUCCCCCAGUUUUUUAACCAUACAAGUGAAAUCCUGGCCGUUCUGUUUUAAUUUCAAAGUUUAAAUGCCUCUUGAGGCUGUCACUCAGACAGCCACUAGGAGUGCUUGAGAUGAAAUGGCAGAGUAAAAUUUUUUUUUAACAAUUAGAUGAUUUUAUAGAGACCAUCUGUUUGGUACAGUGUGGUGUUUUUCAGUGCGCACUAGCCUCCCGAUGCUUUUCCAUGGGAAAACAUUGGAUGGGCAGGCUGGGGUCAUCAAUCUCGAUGAUUUCAGCCAAGGAGGCAGAGCUUUCCUGUGGAGAUCAGCACUGCGAGGAAGGAAAUGUAAGUUUUGAAAAAAUUCCACAGGAUUAAUGAUCUUGGGCAAUGCCAAUAUGCCUUUUUAACAUUUAGAAGGGUAAUUUCUCUAAAUACAAUAGAGCCCAGUUUUGUAGGAAAUCAAAUUGCAUUCUGGUUUGUGUAUGUCUUCUCCUACCACUGUACACAUGAACGUAUCUUGAAAUGUCCCACGUCCCACCUACUACUCCCACCCUCUCCCCCCCAAAAAAACCCCACUACUAGUCAUUUCAUAAAUGUACUUUGUCUUUUAGCACCCAGUGCCGAUUUACCAGCACAAGAGAAUGGUGAAGAGGGAACAGAGCCGAAGGUCAUUACUGAUCCUGAGUCCCCCAAAAAAUGUGAUAUAAUCACAAUCGCUGGACGCAAGGAGAAGUGCGACGCAGCCAGUGAUGCUUUGAGGGUAUGUGCCAUCUAAUGGGAAUUGUUAUGUAUUGUAAUGCAAACUAUGGGUUUUACCAAAAUUAAAAUGUAUGUCUUUACAAAAUUGAAUAUUAAUCAUUGCUUUUUAUUUUGUUGCUUGUGCUCUAUACUAGCAACUCUAGGGUAAUAUUAUAAAUUCUGUCAAUCACUGAAGCCAGUAUAAUGAUCCUCCAGAUUAAUUUGAUCAAAAUUAAAGGGACACUAUAGUCACCUGAACAACUUUAGCUUAAUGAAGCAGAUUUGGUGUAUAGAACAUGCCCCUGCAGCCUCACUGCUCAAUCCUCUGCCAUUUAGGAGUUAAAUCCCUUUGUUUAUGAACCCUAGUCACACCUCCCUGCAUGUGAUUUGCACAGCCUUCCAUAAACACUUCCUGUAAAGAGAGCCCUAUUUAGGCUUUCUUUAUUGCAAGUUCUGUUUAAUUCAGAUUUUCUUAUCCCCUGCUAUGUUGAUAGCUUGCUAGACCCUGCAAGAGCCUCCUGUAUGUGAUUAAAGUUCAAUUUAGAGAUUGAGAUACAAUUAUUUAAGGUAAAUAACAUCUGUUUGAAAGUGAAAACAGUUAUUAUUUUUUUAUUUUUUUUCAUGCAGGCUGUGUCAAUCAUAGCCAGGGGAGGCGUGGCUAGGGCUGCAUAACCAGAAACAAAGUUAUUUAACACCUAAAUGACAUUGAAUUGAGCAGUGAAAUUGCAGGGGAAUGAUCUAUACACUAAGACUGCUUUAUUUAGCUAAAGUAAUUUAGGUGACUAUAGUGUUCCUUUAAACUAGUCUUCCCUUAGAUUCUGUAAAAAUGGUUUGCCACCGAUGUAUUGAAUCUUCGGGUGACCCCAUAGCAUUGCUGUAGUGAUACAAAAUGUGUUUUUUUUGUUUUUGGUUUUUUUUUCGUUUUCAGGCUCUUGUACCUGUCAGCAUUGAGGUUGAGGUCCCCUAUGAUCUGCAUCGCUACAUCAUCGGCCAGAAAGGGUCUGGCAUUCGUAAGAUGAUGGACGAGUUUGAGGUGAGCUUGGAGGGGUUUAAUGUGAGAAGUAGUAAUUAUUGGGUAAGAUGUGCUGGUUGUCUGUCAGGGUUCUUGCUACACAAUGUCUCAUCAAAGAUUGAAGACAGUUAUAUAGGUUACAUAUGGCCUAGGUUUUUCUCAUGUUUUCCUUUGACCCAUGAACUUGGUUAGUUGAUGUUGUGGAUAACUGAAGGAAUUGCAUUCAUGCUGUGUUUAGAAGUAAAAGGUGUUGCUGACGGUUCUAUUUUGUAUGCAUCAGACUGUAUUUGCCUUCUGGAUAUUAUAUUUUGCACAUAGAUGCUGUGUUGAAAGACUUAUGUUCUCAACACUAGUUGUCAUUGUGCGUCUCUAAUCUUAUCAGUUACAAGACUUGUCAUAAGUGAAUAGGUCUGCUAGCACUUGGUUGCUUAUGCAAAGAAUCUCUACCCAUUGCAGUUACACUAGCCUGCACUUCCAGUACAUAUACAGCUUAUGGGAGGCUUUAGUAUGUGCGAGGCAAAGCUCUGCGCCAAUCAGCAUAUAGAGGUGCAUUAACGCGGUGCGUCUCUAUGGGGAACGUUCAGCGCCUCAAUGCAGAGCGUGGAGAUACUGAACAUCAAUGCUGCUCACUGUGCCUACUGAACUAGAAAGCACCUCUAGUGGUGAUCUGAGUGACUGCCUCUAGAGGUGCUACUAGGCAGUAAUGUAAAGUGUUUAGCUUGUUCCUGCAGGCUUUUCAAUGUAUAGACACAAGAGCCACAACAUUAAGCUGCAGUUGUUCUGGUGUCCUUUUAAAGACCGAGGCAAUUGUCCACAUUCUGAACCAAAGCCAAACCUUGAGUUUGUUGGGUCUACCAUAAUUUUAAGGGUUUCUCUUCAUGUGUCCCCAAACAUAUUAUGUAUCUAUGUAUUUUUCUUACAUUUUUUUUUUUGGGGGGUGGGGGGGGUGUUUUUAAAGGUAUACAUUUAAUCUAAUAUCCUAUAUGUAUACUAAACACAUUGUGUGUGGAUAAAAUGUUAAAAAUGGGAGCGUUACCCUCCCCCCACACACAUUUUUGCUUAUGAUGUUUACACUUUCAGUGCAACUAAUUAAAAAAAAAAAAAUCAAAAUAUGUUCGUAUAUCAGUUCUGAUUGUUAAAUGGCUGUUUAGGAUCUAAAUUAACUUUUGAUAGUGGGGGAGUUAGUGUUAAUUAACACUAUAGCAACCACACCCCUUACCCAACCACUUACACUAACUGACUACUUUAAUCCUACUCUUAAAGGACCACUAUAGUGCCAGGAAAACAUACUCGUUUUCCUGGCACUAUAGUGCCCUGAGGGUGCGCCCACCCUCAGGGACCCCCUCCCGCCCGGCUCUGGAAAGGGGUUAAAACUUACCUUUUUCCAGCGCCGGGCGGGGAGCUCUCCUCCUCCGAUCCUCCUUCUCUCCUCCAAGAGCUGCGCGCGCAUUCAGCCGGUCACAUAGGAAAGCAUUCAUAAUGCUUUCCUAUGGAUGGGGGCGUGCUCUCACUGUGAGAAUCACAGUGAGAAGCACGCAAGUGCCUCUAGUGGCUGUCAGUGAGACAGCCACUAGAGGAUUAGGGGGAAGGCUUAACCCAUUCAUAAACAUAGUUUCUCUGAAACUAUGUUUAUGAAAAAAUGGGUUAACCCUAGCUGGACCUGGCACCCAGACCACUUCAUUAAGCUGAAGUUGUCUGGGUGCCUAGAGUGGUCCUUUAACUUCAUCACUACUCUAUCAUUAACCCUAAAACAGCGAACCAUAACCCUACCCUACUCUUGCCCCUUAAUCUGACACUACCCUAACCCUAUAGUAACCUACUCAUAACAUCCAUAACCAUUGUCCUAUUACAAAUGGGUUUUACUAUUUAACAAAGUAGAUAGUGGUCUGUGACUGCUUGGCCUUCUUUUCAUGUCAUGCUGAAAGAAGCCCGGCAUCUGUCAGUCAACGGGAGAAAGCCUGGGAGCCCGGUCAGUGUCCAUUCAAACCCUGGGGGGUCUCCUCCAUAGCAGCCUGCAGGCCAGAAAAACAACAGCUUAGCGUGAUUGCUCAGCUCAUGGUUUUAUGAUUGAGUUUAAAGGGCUAGGUGCAGCAGUGACUUCCAGCACUGCACAAAGCUCAUCGGUCAGUCUGGGAUACACUAAAAAAUGGCCCCGGCUGACUAACUGAAGACCCAAGUAUCUAUUGAUACCUGGGGUUAGUGGUGUGAGCAGGGGUUUAACCCUGCUCACAACUCAAAUCUAUUUGAAGGUAUUUAAAUGCUUAUUUAAAGAGUCGCUUCUUACACUGCAAGCAGCUUGUCAAAGUCUGGGGUUACUAGAAACGGCCCCGCAGACAGGGGAGCCCCAGAUAUCCAUUGAUACCUGGGGCUCUCUGGAGUGAGCAAAUAUUUCUACAGCAUCUAAAUAUAAAGGACGUUAAAAAGUUGCUGGGGUACAAAUAAGGUUAUUUUUUAAAGAGUGAAAGAAUCUGUAUAACUAGUGUUACAGAAGCUAAUCUGUGGGCUGCCUCUUCAACAACCCACUUUUAAUGUCACCUUUGGGCUUAUCAGCACAUAUUUAGCUUUGGUUCAAUGUUGGUACAUAAAGGGUAUAUACUACCUGAUUUUUUUUUUUUUUACUCCUGGUAUUUGUCUACUUUUCAUAUCAAAGGUGAACAUCCAGGUGCCAGCACCUGAGCUGCAGUGUGACACUAUCACCAUCACUGGCCUCUCUACCAAUCUGGACCGAGCCAAAGGGGGACUUCAAGAUAGAGUGAGGGAGUUACAAGCUGAGCAGGAGGACAGGGUAAGUGCAGAAUUAUGUUAUCAACCCUUAUUCUGGCACUAAUGGUGGUGCUUACCUAUUCCAUCCCCUAAAUUUGAUGUAACCAUUGUAUUUUUUUAAUUUUUUUUUUUGGUUUAGGCUUUGCGCAGUUUUAAGUUGGUUAUCUCUGUUGACCCCAAAUUUCACCCGAAGAUCAUUGGUCGCAAAGGGGCGGUCAUUAGCCAGAUCCGCAGUGAGCAUGAUGUCAACAUCCAGUUUCCGGACAAGAGUGAUGACAACCAGGUAAGGUGUACAAGUGAAAUUUUAAUUACUGAAAAAAAUAGAUGCUGGCAACAAACACUUGCGCUAAGUGUAGAAUACGGAAAUUUAAAUAUAUUGUCGUCCUGGGAGAAGGCUAUGCAGGUUAAGUUUCUAGUUGAUCCUUGAAAAUGUACUGAACUGCUAAAUUGCUCAAUAAAGAGAGGAAAAUGCCUCAAACAAUUCAAAUAGUUGCAUACAAUCAUUAGUGGUGCAUUUUUUAUUUAUUUUUCUUCGGCGUCUCUGAAGUGCCUAAGCAGGCAUGAAAUGCGUUGGUGUUAGCACUUCCCUCUAUGUUCCUCAACUGUAUGCACAUUUCCUUGAAUAAAGGUCCUCCCCACUCCUCACUCCCUUCCCGUAGAUUCACAAGUUUUUCCUCUUUUGAUUAAAUUCCAUAAGCACCACAUUGUCUUUAUGGUAAAUCCAGGGAUCCCCAGGAUAUGAAAGAAAUACAGAGGCUGCUAAAGGGCAAAUGCUAAGGUGAUCAAUCUGAGAUCCUAUUGAAUUCUACUUCAAGAGAAUUGUCCUAAUGGUUUAACAGGAACUGUUAAAUCCCACUCAACUGUGUGCAGAUUCCAAGUAUGUCAUGUUAAAUAGAACUUGCCCGUUUCAUGGCUGAAUGCCACUUCCUCCCAGCACACAUCCUUGAAACUAAAUUUAACCUAAAUGUACAUGACAUUCGCUUUGUGACACAUUGUGAAAUUGUAAUAUUACCUUGAUUGUGUAUUCAAGUGUAAUAUUAAAGGUUUACUGGAGUCUGAAUGCACAGAAUCUUGCUAUUAAUUACUUAACUUCCUGCCAGAGGUGUAAUUUGGUUACUGGGGCAACAUUAGCCAACCCAGAACAGGCUGACUUAAGUCAAUUCUGUGUAAGCUUUUACACAGACACUCAUUCAUGGCAGAAAGUGAUCGGCCUUUCAGUGAGCGCCAGAAUAUGUGUAUACUCUGAACACUGCAGACCCAUGAGAUGGCUUGACUCUGGAACCAAAUCGGAGUCCCCAUGUGUCAAAAAAAAAUAUCACGGUUUAACAUUCCAUGGAGUUUCUCAAUCGGACUAAGUAACUGAUGUAAAAGAGAAUUUGAUAUGGUUAUCUCCUUCGGUUUUUAAGCUGCUGACAAUGUUCUGUUAUAUAUAUUUUUUUAGGAUCAGAUUAUCAUCACCGGUUAUGAAAGAAAUACAGAGGCUGCUAGAGAUGCAAUUAUGCACAUUGUUGGGGACCUGGAACAGAUGGUGUCAGAAGAUAUCACUUUGGAUCACCGUAUCCAUGCCCGCAUCAUUGGCGCCCGAGGCAAAGCAAUACGCAAGAUAAUGGACGAGUUUAAGGUGAAGUAAACAGUCUAGACUGCUGCAGGUUACAUGCAACUGUGUCCUUAGUAUUGUUUGUAACUGGUUCAGAGGUGAUUUCCUUUUCUUGGAAUUGUGGAGAUUGAACAAGGGGGUUGCACAUUUUAGCGAAUAAAAGUUGGCGACUAUUUCUUAAUUUGCUAUUUAACCUAAAAUGUGCAAUCCCAUGAAUGUUUAGCAAACACAUUCUACAGUGUGAGAUUAAAUGGCCCAUUAUAACUCUUUCCUCCUGGAAAGACUCUAUGUGUUUUGAUCCAUGAAAAUCCAAAUCUUUGAAUAUUUUUUUUUUUCUUUUGAAAGAACUGUUUGGCAGCAUUUCUGAUGAUUUUCUUUGUUCCAAAAGGUGGAUAUUCGCUUUCCUCAGAGUGGUGCUCCAGAUCCCGACUGCGUUACUGUGAUGGGUAAACCUGAGGAUGUGGAAGAAGCCAUCGAUCACCUUUUGAACUUGGAGGAGGAAUACGUAAGUGUCUCUUGUAGAUAGUUGCAUCUUCCCUUUCAGAGAAGACAGACUUGAUCGGCCAACUCGGUUGUCUAAGGUUUGUGUAAAUUAUAAAAGGAACGCCAUCACCUUGUUGCAGUCAUACUCUUGGUAUAUAGAUGAAUAUAUUUUUUUAUUUAAAUUUUUUUUUUUUUUAAAUGUAUAUGUAUGUGUGUUUUGUUUUAACUGGAGUGCACCUUCAAAUUUGUAUUUAUUUAUUUUAGAUGACUGAUGUUGUGGAGAGUGAGGCGAUGCAGUCCUACAUGAAGCCUCAUACUCAGGAGGAUACAAAACCCCAGCCAUCAAAGGGUUUUGUUGUGAGAGAUGCUCCAUGGACAGCAGGAGGUGGUAAUGAGAAGGUGUGUAUUAACACGUCUAAAUUCCAGGUCAAAUUCCAGCUCCAGGAACUGGCAGCAUCAAGUAUUUCUCUAUGGUUUGUAAACGCCAUGCUAAGCUGUGAUCCACUAACUUAAUGCAUGAUGUAUGUCUUAACUGAACGUUUCUGAAACAUGUAUUCUGAAGGGUUAUGGGGCAGUAACAUUUUUAUUAUGGCAAUUGUGCUUCACAUUUGCAGUGUUAGAGCAAAUAAUACUUUCUCAUCAGUAACAGAAACUACUGAAUUUAAAACAUUUUGUCACUUUUACUUAUUGAAACACCAGUCUUCUUACAUUUGCUGAACCCAGUUACCAAUUUUUCUCCCCUUCAUUUUCAGGCUCCCGACAUGAGCAGCUCUGAGGAUUUUCCCAGCUUUGGGGCACCAGUGAUUCACAAGACGUCUCCUUGGGGCCCGAAGCGGCACGGCGGCGGAAAAGGCCUUCUGCCUGCUGACAUGUCUGCUUCUUGUUAACUCUAUUGUUGCUGUGUCAGAUUCACUUGCCCCAGUCAUCUCCUCAUUCCCCUUCCUGCCCCUUCCUCUUCCUCCCCAAGGAUCCUUUGUAACCAGUCACUUUUGCAGUUUUUGCUGUGCGGGGAUUUAUCUGGCACUUUAGUAUCUGGUUCCUCACCAAAGGGUUAAAUCUGCAUUUCAUUCUUUCAUGCUAGAAAGUGUAUAGAAAUGCAUUUACAUGGUAUAGUGAUACUAAGUAUAUCUACACACCUCCAUCCAUCUAAAGUUAGUCCUACCUAAGUAGAUAUGCUUCCUCUACAGUCCACUGCAAGUUCUGCCAUGUUGAAUUUCUGUGGUGCCUGGUCAGUUGUUUAACUGUUCUUUUACAAAGAUACCCUCUGCUUUUGGGAUUUGUUAGCCAUUGGGCUACGACUGCUGGAGAUAUGAAAUGAUGCUUGGGUAUCUGUCCUUUUAAGGAGAACGGUGUCUGACACGUGGAUGUGUGCAGCCAUACUUGGUGUUUUUAUGUAUUUCUGCAUGAAAUGCUGUUUUAAACUGUGUGAGGUCACAUUAAUUGAGGGCUGCUCAGGUCUUGGAGCAUCGUGGGUCUUUUUAACACUGUCCUGCUGCAGACCUGAAUGUAUUGUGAAGUGCCCUGUUAACCCCUUCACUGCCAGGAAGCCAUUUUCAGGGAGGGAUAUGCACAAAUAGGGAAACUGUUUUCUCCCUCCCAUCCAUUCUUAUUUCAUGACUGCUAAUCAUCUUCUCAGCUGCAGAGAAGCCUAGAUUGUCCUCUUGUGGCAUUAGGACUGAAUUUUAAUCCCGUCUGCUGCUGCUUCCUGAAUACUUUGAGUUGAUAGGAGAAUGAAUGGGUUAAAGCACCCAUCUCCUCUCAAAAGCCCUGUCACAUACCCUUUCUCUUGUCCCCUUACCUCUGAUGCCGGGGGAAAGGAAUAAUCAAUUUUUUUUUGUUGUGGUUUGGGUGGGAGGGGGUGACAUUAGCUCCAGGGUUUUUUUUCAGACCUCUCCUAAGCCCACUUACCUUCUGGACAUUUCUUCUUACUGUGCCUCAGUAUCAACUUCCUGUUCGCCAAGGUCAGGAAAUAAACAUCCUUUAAAAGCCAAUGUGUGUUGUAUGUUUGAAUGUUCUGUGUACUCACUGGUUGUUAAUGGUUUGUUCAUCUCCCAAAACACUAUCAAAAUUCUUUUAAAGACCUUUAAAGCAUGAAAUGGAAGGCCUGUUGUCUCGCCAUUUUUACCCUUCAUUGUCUCAAUCCAGCGGGGAGUAAUAAAAUUUGCUACGAAGUACCAGGUUAAAGUUAUCAGAUCCAGUUUUUCCAGUUUUUUUAACCCAUGUUGUGUUAAGGUCAUGUGUAGGACAUGAAAAGUUCUGCCCAGCAAUAUAUUGACUUUAUAAACUAUAGGAUUCUGCUUUCAAAUUCAGGUGCUGCAUAUAAGAAAGUAAAUGCUGAGAUUGCAAUGUCCAUGUGCUGGUAAUCCACAUGUAAUCUGGAUCUGGCAGCUCUACAAGCAGACAGUUUGUAGAAUUGGACUUUUAAAGCCUCUGAUUUGGCUUAAAACUGUUACAGUACACAAUUUACACUUGUGUUUUUUUUUCUGUUAGGAGUUCAUCUACAGUCUGUAGAGAGUUCUUGAAACGCGGUCAGGAAUUGAUUGGGGAAUUUAAAGUUUUAGACUAAAAUAAUCAAAUUGCAAAAACUACCAAUACCCUGGCCAAUUUCUUCUGUUUUCAGUUUAGUUAAACCCUGUUUGAGAUGAAACUUCCUGUGCACAUUAUAAGCUGGAUGUGUAGGUAUACAGUAUUGAGUUAUCUAUCCGGUUUUAAAGCCUUUGCAAUUGGUUUACUUGAUUAGGUAGAGGACUUGCUUAAGUGGGAAGGUAGGACAUAGUAAUAUUUUACUCUAGGUUGUAAAUAAAAUUUAUUUCAUUA